AUGGAUCAACGAGGUAUUGUGGUGGUGAACGGCCUCUCCUGUACACAUUGCCGUCGCAAAAAGGUUAGAUGCAGCCGUGACACACCUACUUGCGAACGUUGCAACAGCCAGGGCCUGCCAUGUCACUAUCCUCAACGGCGUACAAGGAAAAGCAUUCGAAAAGAUGUACCACUUUCUCAAAGCACUGACAAUGAAACGUUGUCAUUGAUUCUUGAUCGAUUGCAACGCAUUGAGACCAGAUACACAUCUAAACGCUCUUCACCCAUUCCAGGCCCUGCCUCUCAGCGGCCUCGUUCUCCCGCCAGCCCUGCUUAUUUUACACCGGCAAAUGAAGUCUCCGAGUCUCCUUACUCGAGCCAUUCUUCCUCUCAUAGACCAUCGCCGAUGUUCUCUGUUGACAAUGGUAUGAACCUUUUGGCUACAAGACCAAAUAUUGAUAGCACUCCCCAAGAGCAUUCUUCACUGGACGUCGCCUCCAUUCUUGGCGAUACCUUCGAUCGAGUGCGAAAUCUUUGGCUAAAGAGGACGGUUGGGCUUCAUGCUAUCACAACGGAAGGCAUCCACAUUCCCCCAGACCUUGCAAGGAAAUGGAUUCACAACUACUUCUCACUCAACCCUACCGAGACGUUUCUUAGCCUCGUUGACAGAAAGAUGAUCGAAAUGAUGCCAGACAUGUUGAACAUGAAGCAUGUCACCCUUGACCCAUGUAUACUGGUCGUUUAUUAUGUCAUUCUUUGGCGAGGGUGCUAUCUUCUCAACUCAAGAUCAUAUCAGAGCCCGGAUCGAAAAUACGCUAGACAAUUGUAUCUUUGUUGUUUGCGCGCAAUACCGAGCUGGCAGCAAGAAGCGACUGGGUCUAUUACCGACUUCAUUGCCGCUAUUUUUAUGACCGGCGUUGCAACGGAAUGUUUUGACUUCGAGCUAAGCUUAGAGAUGCACCAGCUAGCAUGCGACUAUGCCAAAGGACUUCACAUGCACAGCCUUGACGGUCACGACUACUUCGCCGUAACAGGCUCGACGAGGACUGAUGAAGAUCGCAGGGGCAUGUGGGAACUAAUUCAGACCGACUUGUUCUAUCACUUGAUUUAUAACAAACCAGCAAAACUGUUCCCUAACCUUGACAGUUGGCAGGUCAACUUGCCGUGGCUGUCUCUGGACUCGACCCCACAUCACGAUAUCCCAAUUUCAACGAUUGCUUUUUUGUUCCGCAGCCGUGUAACUUUCGUUCUCAUUCACUUCUUCCAAACGCUGGAGACGCUUGAAAAUGAAUCUGAAGCUGUAGAGGCAAUUGAGCCUUUGUGCCACGAGAUUGAAGCUUUGUUCGAAGAGUGGAGAAUUGAAGAUUGGCUGCAGCGGUCGGCUGACGAUAUGAUUCAACAAUGGGUCCUCACCGAUGUCGUUCUUGUCGGUUACACCUGCAUCAUUUUCAUGCUUCGCAAAGCAACGUUGCUCAAGAGUAACUCACCCAACCCCGUCUCAUCCGAUGAGAACAUACCAAAGACAGAUUUCGCAACAAGAGCAUCUCGUCGGAUUAUGGAAUUGACGUAUCUUAUGCUCCAUGUCUGGGGCUUCCCAGCUGCGGAGGCCAUAUCCUACAUACUGGGUGCUUAUCGAGCCCACAUUGCCUACGCUCACCUGGCCAGCAAUGUAAUUAACUCAUCAACACCGGGAGAUAUGGCCGCCGACCUGGACUUACUAGACCGUGUGGCUCAAAGCAUGGAGACUGCUGUUCAAGAGGAGCAUGACUUUGCACCCUUGCUACGUGCAAUGAAAAAGAUUAAUGCUGAGGUCAGGGAAAGGGUUGUCGGUUUCUGUCAAUGGUAG